UUAAUAUAUAUUAAUUUUUUUUAAAAAAAAAAAGCUCCGCCAUUUUGCCGGGCUCCUUUCUGAAGGGGAAUUUGAAGCGAGGAAGGCUCCGAGCGGCUGAAGUGAGAGAGUCGUCGCCGUCGUCGUCCUCCCGUGAGAGAGACGACGGGAGGUUGGAGGAGGAGGGGAAGCUGAGGGGGGAACCAACCACCGCCACCAUCUUUGCGUUUGGGGCGCCUGACGGGGGAGGCCGGGCUAAGCCUGAGCGGAGCCUCCCGCCGCCUCCGCUGGCCCCGCCGGAGCCGCAGACAGAGCAGAGCGAGCCCCGCCCCCGACGAUUCUGGGGACCUGAGAUGGCCGCGCAGUCAGCGCCGAAAGUCGUGCUUAAGAGCACCACCAAGAUGUCCCUCAACGAGCGCUUUACUAAUAUGCUGAAGAACAAACAGCCGAUCCCCGUGAGCAUUCGAGCCACCAUGCAGCAGCAACAGCUAGCCAGUGCCCGGAACAGGAGGCUGGCCCAGCAGAUGGAGAACAGACCUUCUGUGCAGGCUGCGUUAAAGCUCAAGCAGAAGAGCCUGAAGCAACGCCUGGGGAAGAGCAACAUCCAGGCACGCUUAGGCCGGCCGGCGGGACCCCUGGCCCGGGGUGUGUUAGGGGGCCGAGGCUUGCCCAUGGGUCAGAGAGGCUUGCCCCGAGGAGCCAUGCGCGGCGGACGUGGCGCCAGAGCGUUGCUACGGGGAGGAAUUCCCCUCCGAGGACAGGGUUUACUUCGGGGAGGACGCGGCAUAGCUGCUCGAAUGGGCCUGAGAAGAGGAGGCCUUAGAGGACGGGGUGGGCUUGGCAGAGGAGGGCUUGGCAGAGGAGCCAUGGGCCGGGGUGGCAUUGGCGGCAGAGGUCGUGGCAUGGUGGGCCGGGGACGAGGCGGCUUCGGCAGCCGUGGGAGAGGCCGGGGCAGAGGCAGAGGCGCCCCUCGCCCCGCCCUGACCAAGGAGCAGCUCGACAACCAGCUUGACGCGUACAUGUCGAAAACGAAAGGACACCUGGAUGCCGAACUGGACGCCUACAUGGCCCAGACAGACCCCGAAGCCAACGACUGACCCACCCUUGCUGUAGACACUCGCUGAGGUUGUGUGUUCUGUGCGCUGGUCCUUCCCCACCCAAGCCCUCUCCUGUAAGCCACGACCGGCAACAGCCGCCCUGACGGCGUGGGGAGGGGUAGGAGACAAUAACUUUCACGGGUUUCUCUUGCAUUUUGAUACUCCUGCGUUGUAUGAAACUGGCGGGCGGGAGAGAAUUGUGUGUUUAUCUACAUGCGCGCACGUACACACACACAUACAUUUCUUAAACAACUUCCAAAAACAAGUGUGACUGACCUGCUGUCUGUAGAUGGCAUCAUCUUGAGGCUCCUCAACAGGACAUUACAUGCAUGACUGUCCCCCUUCCUCUCCUGUCUUCCUCAACCCCCCCCCCCCCAAUUUUUUUGACCUUGCUGUAGACAGAAGGUCUCAGGUGCUUAUAAAUUGCAGUCUCGGCAGCUACAGCUGCUGUAAGAGUUGUGUUUCAAGGUGGCUGCUCAUGCACAGCGAUGCUGAAUCCCAUACUUCCUUUCUGAUGUUUCUGCUUACGUCCACACCCCAGGCCCAACAAAUAAUUCUGUGACUUUUAUAUAUGGUGAGCACAAAUCAGUGGAGUUCUUCCUUCCCUGCCCCUCUCCUUCCUCCACCCAAAAAAGGAUCAGGCCCAACUAGUGUUUAAUUCACCAAACCUGUUGUGGCCGAAAGCAGAUUUUUUUUUUUAAUAAUAAUAAUAAACAAUGGCAGCAAACUUUU